UAAGAAAACAAAAAUUUAAAGUUGCAAACAAAGUAAGCAUAAGACAUUCAACAAGGUCCGAAUAAUUCUAUUGCCAAGUAAUCUGUUGCAUCUUUCAAACAAGAAUUUAAAAAUGAAGAGUUAGUACAAAGCCAGCUAGGAACUCCACUACUUAGAAUUAUUUUAAGUUAUCUCGGAGACCGAUACCAUGUCUUGUUGCUAAGGAAUCUUUGACACCUCCUUUUCAUACACUACAUGAUUGAGAAAAACUCUUAAAAGUUCACUAUCCUGCAACCAUUGUUCUCUUGCCUUUCUCUGAACAAAAUCCAUUCACUUUGCUGUUGUUGAGAUCAUAUCAUCAUGGCUGGUAAAGUUGUUGGUGGAGCUUUGCUCUCUGGAUUCAUUAGCAUUGUCAUUAACAAGUCCCUUAGAGAGGAUGUGGUCAACUUGGUUUUGGGAAAGAAGCUUGGCUCUGACUUAGUUGAAAGGCUGAAGAUUUCUCUGCUCGCUGCUGAAGUUGUGCUUGAUGAUGCUGAGUACAAGCAAGUGGGCGACGAUCGUGUGAGGGAUUGGCUCAACUGUCUGAGAGAUGCUGUUUAUGAUGCUGAUGACUUUCUGGACGCGCUACUCACCAAAGCCGCCACUGAAAAGGAGGUACAUUCUUUGUUGCCUAGUUUCUUCCUCAACCGACAUAGGAAGAUGGUAGAUAACAUGGAAGGGGUGGUUUCAAGAAUAGAAUUUCUUGUAAGGCAAAAAGAUAUCCUUGGUCUUCAAAAGACUACCAAGGAUAAUAACUUGUCAUCAUCAUCAUCGUCAUCAUGGCGAGAAACCACAUGUCUGAUGAAAGGGAAGAUAUAUGGCAGGGAGGAUGAUCAACAAUCUUUAAUCAAAAUAAUAAAUGACAACAGUGAAUCUAAGUUAUCUGUGAUUCCUAUUGUUGGUUUGGGUGGGGUUGGUAAAACAACCUUAGCCAAAUGGGCGUACAGUGUCGUGGAAGGAAUUGAUCUCAUCAAAGCAUGGGUCUGCAUCUCUGAAACAUUUGAUGUUGCUGAUAUUACAAAGAAAACCAUUGAGGAGAUUACUAAAACACCUUGUACCCUUGGGAGUUUAAAUUCGCUUCAAAAUGAAUUGAAGAACAACUUGUCGGGAAAGAAGUUCUUUAUUGUUCUAGACGAUGUCUGGAGCGAAGAUGCCGAUAAGUGGGAGCAAUUUAUAACUCCUUUUCACUAUGGGGCUAAGGGUAGUACAAUUCUUCUAACAACCCUUGCAGCCAAUGCAUGUUUUCCGGAGUCAAAUGGGAACCCAAUGCUAGAGGAUAUCGGUAGACAGAUUGUCAACAAGUGUAAGGGCUUGCCAUUAGCUGUAGAAACACUUGGGCGCUUGUUGCAAGGAAAGAACGAUGCUGAAGAAUGGAAAGCUGUUUUAAGGAGUGCCAUCUGGGACUUUCCUAUGAAAAAUAGUUUUUCCCAUGAAAGAUAG